ACCCGACGCUCUAUCUAUUCUCUCGGCCGUCGACUCUCUGAGCCUGCCUGCCUUUUCCCGUCGUGCCCCGCGAUUGUUGCUCUGUCACGGUGCUAGCCGGUGCGUGUGAGAGGCGCAGCCAUGAAGCAGGAAGGCGGCUCGAGGCGCCGCGCCGGGCAGGAGAAGGCCAAGCCCCCGCCCGCGGAGCCCCCCCAGCCCCCGCCGCCGCCCGCCGACGUCGAAAUGCACGAGGAGGCCUCGGCGGCGCCUUCCGAGCCCGCUUCGGCCGAGAAGUCGCAGCGCGAGCUGGACGCCGUCACGCUCGAAGACAUCAAGGAACACGUCAAGCAGCUGGAGAAAGCUGUAUCUGGGAAGGAACCACGCUAUGUCCUGCGUGCCCUGAGAGCUUUGCCAUCCACUUCCCGCCGCCUCAACCCCAAUGUGCUCCAGAAGGCCACCAAUGGCUUUUUCACAUCUAACAGUGCUGUACGGGACUUCCUUAUCAGUUUCCUGGAAGAGCCUAUGGACACAGAAGCUGACUUGCAGUUCCGGCCCCGCACAGGCAAAGCAGCUUCCACUCCUCUUCUGCCAGAGGUAGAAGCCUAUCUCCAGCUGCUCCUGGUCAUCUAUCUGAUGAAUAGCAAGCGCUAUCAAGAGGCCCAGAAGGUUUCGGAUGAUCUGAUGCAGAAGACAAGUCUUCAGAACCGUCGUGCCCUUGACCUGGUGGUGGCAAAAUGUUACUAUUACCAUGCACGCAUCUAUGAGUUCUUGAACAAGCUAGAUGUGGUUAGGAGUUUCCUUCAUGCUCGCUUAAGGACAGCAACACUUCGGCAUGAUGCAGAUGGACAGGCUACUCUCCUGAAUCUUCUGCUGAGAAACUACCUUCACUAUGACCUCUAUGACCAGGCAGAAAAGCUGGUUUCCAAGUCAGUGUUCCCUGAGCAAGCAAACAACAAUGAAUGGGCCAGGUACCUCUACUACACAGGGCGCAUCAAGGCCAUCCAGCUGGAAUAUUCCGAAGCCCGGAGGACCAUGACAAACGCCCUACGGAAAGCACCACAGCACACAGCAGUUGGCUUCAAACAGACAGUCCAUAAGCUGCUGAUUGUGGUAGAACUGCUGCUAGGUGAGAUCCCGGACAGACUGCAAUUUCGGCAGCCAUCUCUGAAAAGGUCCCUCAUGCCCUACUUCCUCUUGACACAGGCGGUUCGGACAGGAAACCUGGCCAAGUUCAACCAAGUCCUUGAUCAGUUUAGCGAUAAGUUCCAGGCAGAUGGGACUUACACCCUCAUCAUCCGUCUGAGGCACAAUGUGAUCAAGACAGGUGUUCGCAUGAUCAGCCUUUCCUAUUCAAGGAUCUCCUUGGCUGACAUAGCACAGAAGUUGCAACUGGAUAGCCCUGAGGAUGCUGAAUUCAUUGUUGCCAAGGCCAUUCGGGAUGGUGUGAUUGAAGCCAGCAUCAACCAUGAGAAGGGCUACAUCCAGUCCAAGGAGAUGACAGAUAUCUAUUCAACACGGGAACCCCAGCUGGCCUUCCACCAACGUAUCUCCUUCUGUCUUGACAUUCACAAUAUGUCUGUCAAGGCUAUGAGGUUCCCUCCGAAGUCUUAUAACAAGGACCUGGAGUCUGCAGAGGAGCGCCGGGAGCGUGAGCAGCAGGACCUAGAAUUCGCCAAGGAAAUGGCCGAGGACGAUGAUGAUGGUUUCCCUUGAUGCUCUGGGGAUUGCUGCAUUUAUUUUUGGUUUUUUUGGUUUCUUGCUCAAUACAAACUGUUGUCUACUGGUUAAAAUCCAGAACUUGCCUUUAUUUCUAUAUCCUGCAUGUUGAGGGUGGCACAAAAAAACAAACCGACCACCCUUUAGCUGGUCUGAAAGAGAGAACGCGCCCACCCUGAUUAAAGGGAUGGCGGUCCCAUUCAACUGAAGCCCACAUUGUGGGUUUCAAGUUUAAAUGUCCCCAUAAGGGGCUGAAUGCAUCCCCUCUUGUUGCCCCUUUCUGGUUUUUAAGUGAACAGAGGGAUGGGAUGGGUGGGGAGUGGCAGUUCUGGUGGUAUACCUCUUUCAGUCCACCUGGUGGAGUAAUUCCACUUGGAAACGUUUUGUCAAACUUUGUUUAGGGCUUUUAAAUAAAAGUUUGGGGGAAAUGGAA